AUGUCAGAACACGUACAAAGCCUAAUUGAUGAACUCGUGAAAUUAAAAACACAAUUUUCAGAACAUAGGCAUGGUGAGUCUGAAACACCACCAUCAAGGACGAACCUAAUUUUGUUUCUUUCGGAAUAUUUCAAAUCAACACAUGCGGUCAAUAUUUCCACGCACAAGGAAUAUCCGAACCGAUUGAUUUGUUUGCACUACAAUCAGACAAGAGCGAAUUUUGAAAAUGCAUUCACAAGAUUGUGUCGAGGUGUUAUUGUAGAUUUAGAGAGCCAAGAUGAUUGUGGGGUGAAAAUUGUCCACAUGCCCUUUUCGAAAUUUUUCAAUUUCAAUGAAGAUUUAUCUUUAAAAUAUGAAACUCCAUUAAUUGAAAAACAUUUCACAGAAUCGAGCGUGAAAGUCUAUGAAAAGCUAGAUGGUUCUAUUGUGAAUUUUUAUUAUUUUGAUUCACAGUGGAGAGUAGCAUCGUCAUCAACACCUGACGGAUGUGCAAGAUUGGGAUUUUAUAGUGUGUCAUCGGAUAAGGAAAUUAAUGAUAGACAUCGAGAGAAAACUCAAACAUUUGAAUUUUCACAACUAGUUUGGGAUACUUUUCAAAAUUUAAAUUAUUCCUUACCUUCAGAAAUAUAUCAAGGAAAAUAUUCAUUUACAUUUGAAUUGACCACACCCAAACAUCCACUUGUAGUUCAGCAUGAAACAGAUGAUUUAGUGUUACAUGGAGUGAGAGAUUUGCAAACCUUUACAGAACUGGAUCCUGAACCUUUCGCUAAAGAAUUUAAUUGGAAAGUAGCUUCUUGUGUGAAAUUAAGGUAUGUCUUCAAAAGUUUAGAGGACGUGGAGAGAGUGGCCAACGAACGAGAUCCGUAUAAACAUGAAGGUUUUGUGGUAUGCUACCAAUCUUACGAUUCUGACAGUAGAGAUGCUCUGGAUUUUGUUCGAGUGAAAGUGAAAAGCAAAGAAUAUGUGAAAAUAUCCCUUUCCAUGUUUGAUUCUGUAGAAAAAAGGGAAAAUUCUUUUAUUGAUAUCAUUAGAAAGAACGAAUCCAGCGAAUUCUUGUCAUACUUUCCACAAUUCAAGGAGGCUUUUGAAUUGUUGAAAUGUCAUUAUUUAAAAAUUGUCAAACAUUUGAAUGACGUUCAAGAAACUGUGAAAACUAACAUUAAUGAAAUGAUUUCAACAGAAUCUAUCAAUUACGACACAAUAGAUGAAUCAAAAAAACGGUCCAUUCACUCUCAAGCCAUUUCACGAGCCAAACAAAGCCAAAAGCUCACAAAAACAGAAUGUGACAUUAUGUUCUCAAUAUUCAAUAAUGGAGAUACAAUUCAAGAUAUUUUGAAAACAAUUCCCCUUAAACGAUACAAAAGCCUUAAUGUACAUCAUGCAUCAUUGUCGACAAGUUCCCAAGUUGAUGAGUAA